AUGGAUCUCCACUCGCAAUUACAGACUAUAUGGACCAGUAUCAUCACCACAUACAGGCCAGGCGUCAUCGAGAUUGUGGCAGAUAUACUGGUUCAACUGGUUGGAUUCAUCAUACCAGCAGCUAUCUACAUGCUGAUCGAUGUUGUUUUCCCAAAGUUCUCGCAGCGCCACAAGAUACAAGACCCUCGUCGGCAGCCGACCCGCCAGCAAAUCUUACACUGUAUAAAGAUUUCUCUUUUCAAUCACACUAUUUCAAUGGCUAUGCAUGGCACGAUGCUCUAUUUAGCUGGUGGCUUCGAUCAUUCGUUGAUGAAUUUCGGCCCAAAAAUACCCUCUUUGACAACCUUUAUAGGAGAUUUCCUUUUUGCUCUGCUAGCACGAGAAAUCUCUUUUUAUUACGUUCAUCGCGCCCUCCAUCACCCCAGAAUUUAUGCCUACAUUCACAAGAUGCAUCACAAAUACAUUACGCCAGUCGCAUUCGCUGCCGCAUAUGCUCAUCCCAUCGAACAUAUUUUGGCUAAUGUGUUACCAAUCACGCUUCCUCUCUAUCUGAAAGGCGCUCAUGGCCUCUCCAUUAUGGCCUUUGUCACCUUCGAGCUUUGGGAGGCCGCGGCUGACCAUAGCGGGUACGACUUUUUGAAACUACCACCCGCCGAGUUGCACGAUCUACACCACGAGAAAUUUCGUGUCAACUAUGGAACUAUCGGCUUGAUGGACUGGAUUCACGGAACCGACACUUAUGGGUGGGACCGGAAGGAAGGGAAGGUGGACAAGGCCAAAUGA